AUGCCAAGGCUAACUGACGAUUCCGACUACGAUGCUGGCGAAGCGUCUGGGAAUCAUCCACGCCCACGUUUCGACUCUGGAAAUUAUCAUGGAUACUAUGGGCUCCGGACUAGGUCCAAUGCCUUCGCCUUCCCUUUCGCGUGCAUUCUUCCGCUCGUCCAGCUGGAAGAGGCAAGAGAAUGGCUGACCGUCUCUUCUAUAAGGCGGAAGCCUGAUCUAUCAUUCGACCCUGCCUCGGCUCACUCUCUGCGUCCCAAGCGCACAAUCCAGCCACACAAGCCACUUGGCAUCAUCUUUGCCUUCUUCCGCCUUCUUGCCGUCAGCGCGGCUUAUGUUUGCAUUGAUCCCGGCAAGCAACCCCUGAAAUGCCCUGUCGGGGCGCAUAUCAUUUUGGCACGUCCUUUUCGAUUAGUCGCGAGCAGGCUGGUACAGCUUGAGGGCCAGGGUUUACAUGUCGUGCGAGCCCAGGCAGUUGGCAUGGCGGAGCAGGCCUGGCUGGUUGCUUGGCUAACUGGUUUGCCAUCCUGCAGCUUGGCCAAAGCCAACCAAAUCGACACUUCCACAGCCGUACAGAUUUGUUGGCUGAGGCUGUUUGACGAAAGAUGUACACGAUAUGGAGGGUGGGCUCUUCAUCCUAAUUGA